AUGCAAAAAAUUGGUAUUACAAGUAAUAUUCUUAUUGAAUUAGAAAAGAAUAUAGUUAAAAGAAGUGGUCCUAUUGAAGUAUGGAAGAAAAAGUUUUUAGAAGAAGUAUCUGAAAAAAUAAAUAAGUCAUUAAAAAAAGAAGAUACAAAGGAAUGCAAAAAAAAUUGUAGAAAUUUUAAUUACUGGAUGGAUGAUAAAGAAGAAGAUUUUGUAUCAAAAAAAUUUUUUUUGAAUGAAUUUAUUACUUCUAGUGUUUGGAAAAAUGAAUUUGAAAAGGCAAUUAUAAAUAUAUUAAAAAAGGAAGCUAAAUCUUGUUCAAGAAAUCGUAAGAAAUAUCCUAAAGAAAUAAGAAAUAUAAUGGGUGAGUUAGAAGAUUAUAUAGAUGAUAUUAAUGAUUACAAGGAAAAAUUAAAAAGUGGAUACUGCUGGUCAGAAAAAUAUACAGAUUAUAUAAUAUGGUUAAAAAAAAUGAAGGAACAUUUUAUGACACAUAAAGAUUGGAAUUUACUUAAAAAUAAUAAGUAUAAAAGGUAUAUAGUUAAAUAUUUAAAACGUUCAUUAGAUGAUAUGUUUCAGAAUAAAAUCGAAUGUAUAAGCGAUAUUCCAGAUAUUAAGGAAGAGGUUGUAGAAUUAGUUUCAAAGCAUAAGACAAACGUGGAUUUGAAGUCCUCUAAUGGAGAGGACGUUAAAAAUGUAAAUACAGAAAUAUUUCCUACUCCAAAAGAUCCUGAGAUUAAAGAACCCCCUAUAGAAAUUGUUAGUAAACCUUUGGAAUGGUUACUUUUUAAUAAUUUUACUAUGUCUGGUAAUAAUUCAACACCUGAAUAUUCACGAGUCACAAACUAUAAAGUAAGACCUACUUCCAUUCAAGUAAUGAAUAAAGUACCCCCCACUGUUACCUCUAAUUUUCUUCCCAAAGAUUUUCCUUAUAUUGUUGCUUGGAUUUUAGGUGCAAUAAUUGCAGGGACACUAUUUGUAUUUGGAAGAACUCGAAAAAAACAAAAGGCCAUUACAUUAAGAACCGAAGAAGUCGUAAAAGAGAAGAUAAAGGUAGUAGACGAAGCAAAAGAAAAGAAGAUACCUGUAAGAACAGAAAAUGAACAUAUGAAGAAGAAUUUUUUUUGGAAAUGGGUAACAAUAAUUGAGAUACAUUUUUUAAUAAUAGAAGAUAUUAGAAAAUAUGAAUGGGAUAUGAACAAGGAAGAUUUUUUAUCAAUAUGUAUAAACGAAUUUAUGAAUGAAAAAAAUAGAAAAUGUUUAUAUAAUGAAGAUGAUGAUUUUAAUAGCACAGAAGUAAUGAUAAAAGGACAAACUUUUUUAUGGAAUAAAUGGAUGGAAAGACAUAAAUAUAUUUUAGAUAAAUGGAAAGAAGAAGAAUCAUUUAAAUAUUUAAAAAAUGAUUGGAAGAGAGAAGAAUAUGAAUAUAUGAAAAAAAUAUAUAAAGAGUUGUUACUUAGUUUGAGAGGUGAUACAUAUAAUAUGUCACAAAGGCAAAAAAUUAUAUGGAAAAAAUGGAUUGCUAAACAUCCAUAUAGAAUAAGAGAAAAAAUAAUUGAUCAAUGGUUUCAUAAAUUAUUUGAAGAAAUAAAUAAAAAUAAUAUAAUAAGUGAUGAAAUAAUAGACGUAUUAUUAAAUGAUUAUAUAGAAAGUGAUAAAAAUUGUGAACACAUUUACAACAUGAGUGAAAAAAAAGAAAAAUUAAAAUUAAUUUUGUGGAUACAAAUAUAUAUGUGUGUAUUGGAAGAAGAAGAAAAGUAUAAAUUACAAAGUGAAAAAGAAAUGUUUAUUGAUACAUGUAUAUAUAAAUUAAAAGAUAAAAAAAAACAUGAUGAAGAAGAAUAUGAUGAAAGGAACAAAGAAUUGAUGAAGAUAUUGAAUGAAAUGAAAAAAAUGGAAAUAUUAAAUACUGAUGAUGAAAUAAGAAAAAAAUGGAAACACCAAGAUUGGUUUAAACAAAUGAGAAAAGAAUGGAUAAGAGAAGAAAAUAGAUAUUUAAAUGAAAUCAAUGAGGAAAUUAUAAGAAAUUAUAAUAUGGAAUUAAAAAGAUAUAUGUUUGAAAAACAUUGGGAAGAUAUAAAAUUGAAAUGGAUAGAUAAUAUUGAUGGUGAUCAUAUUGAUGGUGAUCAUAUUGAUGGUGAUCAUAUUGAUGGUGAUCAUAUUGAUGGUGAUCAUAUUGAUGGUGAUCAUAUUGAUGGUAAUCAUAUUGAUGAUGCUUGGUCUGCAAUCAUAAAAUAUUUUGAACGAGAUGAUGAAGAGGGAAGAAAAUAUAUUCAAAAGAAGACACAUUAUUUUACAAAUAAAUUAUAUGACAUAGAAUGUAUUAAAGAGAAUACUCUUCAAUCUGAUGAGGUGAAAGAAAAAUUUAAUAUAAAAACUAUUAUAGAUAUACAUAUGGUUAUAAUUGAAGAUAUUGAAAAUGAUGAAUGGAAAAAGGAUAAAGGAGAUUUUUUACACAUUUGUUUUGAAGAAUUUAUAAAAAGAAAAGAAUUUAAGGAAGAAGGACUUUAUAAAAUAAUUAUAAAUAAUGAAGAAAAAAACAAUGCUUUAAAUAUUUCUGAUAAUAAUAUUAUAUAUAUUCUUCAAAAUACGUGGAGUGAAUGGUUUAAGAGACAUACAUAUAUUUUAGAUCAAUGGAAAAAAGAGGAAUGGUUUAAAGAUUUAAAAAAUGAUUGGAAGAGAGAAGAAUAUGAAUAUAUGAAAAAAAUAUACAAAGAUUUGUUGCUUAGUUUGAGAGGGGAUACAUGUAAUAUGUCACAAAGGCAAAAACUUAUUUGGAGAAGAUGGAUUGCUAAACAUUUAUAUCAUAUUAAUGAUAAUACUGUAAAGAAAUGGUUCAAAGAAAUAUUAGAACAAUUAGAUAAAGGGAAUAUAAUAAAUUUGUCAUAUAUAGAAAAUGAAAUAAACAAAUUAAAUGAAGAAAAUGAAAAAAAUCUUUUAAAUGAACACCAAAUUAGUUAUAAUAAAAAAAAAAUCUUAACUACCAUUUUGUGGAUCCAAAUACACAUGAUGGUUUUAGAAGAAUCUAAAAAAGAUGCAUGUAAAAAAAGUAAAGAAAUAUUUUUAGAUACAUGUAUAGAUGAACUAAAAAAAGAAGAAGAAGAAAAAAAAAAAGAAAAACUUCAUUCUCAUGAAAAAACAAAAGAAAUCAUAAAAAUUGUGGAAGAUAUGAAAAAAUUGAAUAACCUAGAUAUAGAUGAACAUCGAGCUACAGAAUGGAAAAAAAAAAAGUGGUUUAAAGAAAUGAAAAAAGACUGGGUAUAUAUAAGAGAUAGAUAUUUAUUAGACUUGGAAGAAAGACAUAAAUAUGAUCAAUACCAAUGCGAAGAAUUAAUAGAUGUAUCUUCUUUGGAUGUUCAAAAAAAUAUAUCGAAAUGGAAUUGGGAGAAUAUACAAUUUAAGUGGAUAGAUUAUGAAAAUGAAAAGGAUUGGUUGAAAGGUGUUCAUGUGGAUGGAUAUAUAUAUGAAGAUAUAAAGGGAGCUAUGAAUGAUGAUGUGGAUGAAUAUAUAUAUGAAGAUAUAAAGGGAGCUAUGAAUAAUGAUGUGGAUGAAUAUGUAAAGGAUAAUAUGGAAAAGGAUGCAAACACUAAUGUUGAUAAAGAUCAUAUUAAAAAAUACAAAGAGUGUGAUGAUUUCUUUAAAAUGGAGAAUCCAUUAAUAUGGCAAACCGUUAUAGAGAUACAAUUAAAAAUAAUGGAAGAAAGUAAAAAAGAAAAAUGGGAAACAAAUAAAUAUGACUUUUUAGAUAUAUGCAUAGAAGAAUAUAUAAAAAAUGAGAAUAAAGAUAAUAGUAGAAACAUUUUAGAAGAUGAAAUUUUUAGUAUGAAUAAAAAUAUAAUGUGGGAUACAUUUAUAGAAACACACAGAUAUAUAUUAGAAAAGUGGAAAAGAGAAGAAUGGUUUCAUAAUUUAAAAAAGGAAUGGGAAGACGAAAUAUUAAAUUAUUUGAAUUCAUCAGAAAAUAGAAAUGAUGCAAAUAAUAAAAAUUGUAAUGAAUCAAACACAAAUUUUAUGAUUGAAAAAGAAAAAAUUGUGUUCAGAAAAUGGAUCAAUAAACAUAUAGAAGAAUUAAAAGAUUGUUAUGAAGAUGAAAAGAAUCCAUUUUUAGAAGAAGAAGAAGUAAAAAAAAAAAAAAAAUUAAUAUUAACUGCAUGGAUACAAAUACAUAUGAUGGUAUUAGAAAGAUUUAAAGAAGAUGAAUUUUUAAGAACUAAAGAAUUAUUUAUUGACGCAUAUAUUGAAGAAUUUAAAAAAGACAAACAUCCAAAUAAAUAUAAUAACAAGAUAAUUAAUAUGUUAGAGAUUAUCAAAAAGAAUAUCCAUCAUACAAAUUUAAAUAAUGAGAUGAAUGAAUGGAAAAAUGAAACAUGGUUUAAACAAUGGAAAGAUGAUUGGAUAAAAGAAGAAAAUGGAAAUGUAUUUUGGCUAGCUCAAAAGAGAAAAGAGAGGUGUACAGGAAAAAAAUAUCAAAAAAGUGAAAAAAAAUAUGAACAAAAAGAUAAAUACAUGAACGAAUAUAAUAUUGGCAAAUGUUAUAUAAAUAUACACAAAAACUUAUUGAAGAAAUAUUUGAAAUAUAUGAAUUUUAAAUGGAUUGAUGAUGAUAAUGAAAUAGAUUGGUUAAGGAUUGUUGGAAAUGAUCAAAAGGACAAACAAAACAAAAAAAAAAAAAUAGAUAAAGUAUCAGAAGAAUAA